CAAAUGGACGAACAAAGGCAUCGCGCCCACGAGGACGCCAUCAAAAUGGAGCGAGAUAGAGACAGAGACCAACGCGAGGUUGCUGGUGACCGUCCUCGAGAGUCGUACCAGCCGAACGCGCCCCAUCACAGCAACGCUGCGUCGCUCCCGAUCCACCAACCCGUCGCGAAUCGAUUUCCCGGCACAAUACACAGUCCAGGUGGGCUGCUCGCAAGCCAUGGAGCAUCUUCAUCAAACAUUCCGCUCGGCGCACCACCUGGGCCAGGUGGUCCUGUCGGGCCCAUUCAUGGCGAGGCCAGCAGACAAGGCCCCCACGGUGGUCAAAACGGUGUUGCAUCAGCGCAACACGCCAUGUUCGCUCAGGGACCGCAUGGCCCGAUGCCUCCGAAUGGUGCAGUCGGCACCCCCAACGGUCCGGGUGCUGUGUUCGGCCCGCCUCUACAAGCUGAAGGGGGUCGUGGUGGCCCCCCUCAGCCCAUGCCAUUCGGCGGCGGCUCCAUGCCUGCAGGCAGUACGAUAGGUCCAGCGCCCGGUGCAAUGAAUCAGGGACAACAGCCCAUACUUAAUGACGCCCUGAGCUACCUUGACCAGGUCAAAGUGCAGUUCUCUGAACAGCCCGAUGUAUACAACAGGUUCUUAGACAUCAUGAAGGACUUCAAGAGCCAGACCAUCGAUACUCCUGGUGUCAUUGCUCGAGUCUCUGAGCUAUUUGCUGGCCAUCCCAACCUCAUUCAAGGGUUUAAUACUUUCCUGCCACCAGGCUAUAGGAUUGAAUGUGGCCUUGAAAACAACCCCAACAGCAUCCGAGUAACCACGCCGUCCGGCUCGACCAUCCACUCCAUCGGCCCAGGCCCGAGGAUCCAGGCAGAGGCUGUGCCAGCUCCAUCCUCCGCUCCGAGCCAGCGAUUCGUAGACCAGCAGCGCCCAGCGAACUGGCAAGGGCCCGUCCACCACAGCAUCGAGAGCCCAGAAGCUCAGUUCAGCACGCCGGCUCCCGGCGCACACGGUCCCAUGGCUCAGGGGCCUGGUCACGGUCCACCCUUUGACGGUCACAGCCCCAUUCAGCAACGAAGUCAACCAGCGGCACAGGGCAGCUCGGCGGCAGCUCACCCUCCCAUUGCUCGAAAUGCACACACUCCUACUCCGGCGGCCGUGCAGGCUUUGAACGGAGUUGCGGCUCAACAACAGGGAAAUUUAGAGAAGCGGGGACCGGUUGAAUUCAACCAUGCCAUCAGCUAUGUCAAUAAGAUCAAGAACCGUUUUCAAGACAAGCCUGAAAUCUACAAACAGUUCCUCGAGAUUCUACAGACCUAUCAGCGUGAGCAGAAGCCGAUUCAGGAUGUUUACGCGCAAGUCACGACUCUCUUCAACGCGGCACCAGAUUUGCUCGAGGAUUUCAAGCAGUUCUUGCCCGAGUCCGCAGCGCAGACACGAGGAGCAGGUCAGCGCCCCGAAGACGCCCUCAACCUCCCUCACCUCCAGCAGACGCCUCAGCCUGGACAUAUGGCGCGCGACGGACCCAAAGGCCCGCCAGUCGGCAACUUUGCGCCUCCAGCGAGCGCCAGUAAAGAGGGCAAGAAGCGUGCCAGAUCAGACAAACAGACCGGACCGGCGACACCAAUGGCAGAUCCUCCACUGUCAAACGUGCGCGGCGCCCCAUCGACUGGGAACAAGAGGCUCAAGACCAGUCAUCUCAAGCCGGGCGCGGCAGAUGGCAUAACGAUAGAGCCCACUCUGACGCCCGUCAUGCCGGAGCCGCUCGCUCCAACGCCUUAUGCCGUCGCCGCAGCUGAUGAGAUUGGAUUCUUCGACAGAGUCAAGAAAUACCUUAACAACAAGACGGCGAACUCGGAAUUCCUGAAGCUCUGCAACAUGUACACACAGGACCUGAUUGACAAGGAUGUACUGACGAGCAAGGCUGCCCAGUUCAUCGGCGGUCACGCCGAACUUUUCGCCUGGUUCAAAUCGUUCGUCUUGUAUAGCGGCGAUGACCAGAUCGUUGACAAUCGGCCCGCACCUCCUAGUGGCCGAAUUUCCUUGAGUAACUGUCGUGGAUACGGCCCCAGCUACCGCCUUCUACCUAAGAGAGAACGCCUCAAGCCCUGCAGUGGGCGGGAUGACCUCUGCAGCUCAGUCCUGAAUGACGAGUGGGCGUCUCACCCUACAUGGGCCUCUGAGGAUUCUGGAUUCGUUGCUCAUAGAAAGAACGCGUUUGAGGAAGGCCUCCACAGGAUCGAGGAAGAGCGUCACGACUACGAUUUCUACAUUGAGGCGAACCAGAAAUGCAUCCAACUUCUGGAGCCAAUUGCGCAGCAGAUGUUGACAAUGCCUGCGCACGAGCGUGUCAAUUUCAGGAUGCCCACUGGACUGGGCGGUCACAGCCAGUCAAUUUACAGGCGUGUGCUGAAAAAGGUCUAUGGCCCGGAGCAUGGACCUGCGGCUGUCAAUGACAUGUUCUCGACCCCCUUCAGCGUCGUCCCUGUCGUUCUGGCCCGGCUCAAGCAGAAAGAUGAAGAGUGGCGGUUCUCGCAGCGAGAAUGGGAGAAGGUCUGGCAGACGCAGACGGAGAAUCUGUUCCUGAAAUCUCUUGAUCACAUGGGACUCUCAGUCAAGUCUAACGACAAACGCAAUCUUUCGGCCAAACACCUAAUCGACAUGAUCAAGACCAAGCAUGAGGAACAGAAACGCUCGAAGUCGGCUCGCACCAAAACUGACCGCUAUCAGUACUUGUGGAACUUUGAGGAUAAGGAUGUUCUCCUUGAUCUGUUGAGAUUCAUGUUCCUGUACGCCACGAACAGUGGACAACAUGGUGCCAACGAGAGAGAGCGUAUCCAGGACUUCUUUGAGGAGUUUAUCCCACAAUUCUUCGAUCUCCCGGAGGACAAGGUCUCUGAAAAGCUCGCGGGCAUCGACCGAGAAUCUGGCGAUGAGGAUGGGGAAGAUGUAGCACCUGCCGAGCUGCCCAACGGACGGUCAGGUCGCCGCAGAGGGAAGACGAACCUACUGCGCGCCGUCAUUGACCCCGACCGCAACGGAAGCAAAUCACGCAAUCACAAGGAGGGCAGCAAUGCAUCCGGAAGCAAGGAGACCACUCCCGAUGCGAAUUCUGGGAAUGAGGAGGAGAUGCCGGACGCCGUCGAAGAAACCUCUGUGCCCGAAGUUGGCGCCAACGACCGGUGGCUGGCAACGGCGCCAGUGCCUACCGUCGUCUCCGGCGACAACAUGUAUGGGGAUAUGGAGAUCAAGUCAGAUGGGCUUUUUCCUCGGCGCUGGUACAACUUCUACUGCAACCAGACCCUCUACGUAUUCUUCAGCAUCCUCCACGUUCUAUACACCCGCCUGAAGAGCGUCAAGGAAAAUACCGAGAGCGUCAAGCAAGAGAUUGCGCGUGAGGAGAUGGAAAAGCCUGCUAAGAAGCUCCGGCUCAUCCACGACGAGUCCAAGUACUUUGCCGGCCUCGAGGAGCACCAGUUCUGGCCGCGCACGGUGAAGCUGAUUGAGGAUUACAUCAACCAGGACGAGGACGAGAAUGUGUACCAGGACACGUUGAGGCGCUACUACCUCAAGAAUGGUUGGACACUCUACACGAUCCAGGACCUCCUGAAGACACUGUCUCGCCUGGCCUUGGUCUGCAACAGUAACGACAGCAAGGACAAGACGAGCGAGCUGAUCACGCAGCACUUCAGCCACCGGCAGACCGAGGACACUUCUUUCCAGCUCGAGCUUAGCGCCCGCAGGUUUGCUGAGAAAUGCGUCAAGGAUGGCGAAAUGUUUGUGCUGACUUGGUUCCCUGGGAAGAGCGAGGCGACCAUCCGCUGGCUGCAGAAGGAUGAUAUGACAUUUCACACGGACGAAAUGGGCCUGCAGGAGCGGUGGCAGUACUACAUAUCCUCUUGGAUCCGAACCGAGCCCACUGAGGGGGUAUCACGCACUGGCCUGCAGAAGGUCGUUCUAACGCGCAAUCUGCCCUCGGGCGACGCCGACUCAGACAGCGAGAACCAGCCAAAGGCGAUCUCAUUUAGAGAAGGCCUGGUGCUCAAGAUCUGUGUCAACACGGCAAAGAUUAUCUACGAAGAAUUCACCUCAAAUUAUUUCAUCUACAAUCUCGCCAGCGGCUCGGACGAGGAGCGUGCUAAGCGCGAGUUGAAGUCCAAGACCAUCACCGAGAUCCGAAACCAAAACUUCAUCGAGAAGAUGGCCAUGAACAGUCCAUGGAUGAAGAACCUCAGCCAAGAGGAAGUCCAGCAGGCGAAGGAGGACUACCAGAAGUGGAAGGAUGAAGGUAUUCCACCACCGUCUCGAGCCGAGGACGACGAGCCGAUGGGCGAUGCUCCAGGUCGUGGCUCAUGACGGGCCUGAAUGACCGUGGUUUAACAGCAAAGUAAUUCGCGGUCAAAGACGAAAGAUAAUUUCUCUGUCUGCUGGCUGGCAGCACUUCGAGGUCACUGUGGGUGACUGAUUGCUUACCCUUUGUUCGAAGCUCGUCGUGCCAUAGUAUGGCGGACGAGCGGUAGCUUUGGAGGGAAUAUCGGGGUGGGAUGACGAUUGUAUCACUUUGUGCAUAUCUCGAUAAUUUCGUCUUUAGUUUCUUUUCUCUUCUUUCAUUUCCCCCUCUCCUUUCUUUCUUCGGAACAGGAAGAUGGGCAUGUGCGACUGAUCGGGGGUUCGAAAUUCUCCAGAAUACAAAUACCAGGGGAGGGGACACGGAGUCGUUGUGGGCAGGUGUUUUGCGGAGACCCUCUUUGCAUGUUGAAUUAGCCUCAUCACGGCUGCGAACAGUUCUCUAUACUACUGAUACAGGAAGAAUUCCACAUACUUUGCAUUUG